AAUUUUAAAUUAUCGAAAUGUCUAAUUAUUAUUUUUAGAUUGAAUAAUAUUAACUUAAAUAUCUUUUUCUUGCAACUUUGAAAAUACUAAUAAUCCNAAAUUACAUUUAUUCGUGUUGGGUCAGUAAUUGGUGCGAAUUGGUUACCAAAAGUUUAUAUAUGGUAUGGAAAUAGUUUUAGUGCUUGUAUGAUGUUUUGUUUUGCAUUUGUUUUAAUUACAAUGUUAACUAGUUUUGUUCAAUCUAUACUAGAUAAAAAAAGUGAUAAAAGAGAUAAAGAGUAGAUGAAUUAACAAGAAUUAACAUAAUUAGAACAAUAACCUUCUGUAAAUUGUAGUGAUGUAAAAGAAUUCAAAUUUGAUUACUAUUUACUUUCAAUUAGCUGUGUUUGUAGUUAUAGUGCCUUUCUUAUUUUGUAGUCUAAUGGAAUACGUAUGUUUUAAAUAAGGUUUUCAUUAUUGUUAACAUUUUAGAUAUAAUCUGACAUUAACUUAAUAAACAUUCCUCUACACUUUACCAUACUUUAUUAGUGCAACUGUUACUCCAUUUAUUGGUUAUUUUAUUGAUAAAAUUGGAAAAAGACCAAUAUUUUUAAUUAUUUCUGGUAAUUUAUUAUUGUUGUCUACAAUAUUGUUUUCAAAAAAUGUAGAUUGUUUAAUUUAAGAUUAAUGUUUUAGUUUAGUACUUUUAGCAUAAUUUAUUAAUGGAAUCUUUUUUGCUUUAUAUGCACCAGUUAUUUGGCCAUGUAUUCCAUUAUGUGUGAAUGCCAACUCAUAAGGGACUGGAUUUGGUAUUAUUGGUUCAAUCUAAAAUGCUGGCUUAACGAUUUUCCCAAUAAUUGUAGGUAGAAUUCUGUUUAAUGAAAAUGCUAUAAGUUAUUAACAUAUGAUAUAUUUUCUUGGAUUUAUCACAUUUUUAGCAAAUAUUAGCAACAUUAUUAUUUAUUUUUAUGAUAUAUAUCAUGAUAAUAAACUUAUGAAACCAACACUUAAAUUAUCUGAAUAUGAAGUUGUUUCAGAAUAAGAAGAAUUAACUGAUAACACUCGAGUAGAUUGA